UCAAAUGGACAUACUAGACAAAGUACAGGGUCUUGACCCUUUGUGGAGAAAAGGUUGUGAGAAAUCGCUUCUGACUUCUGAGGUAGCGUAUUAUACACAGGGCAUAAAUUCAAAGUAUGUUUCUACAUCUUCAAAACCGAAGCAAUUUCCUCGAUCUCCAUCUAAAAACAUGUCUCAAUGACUGGGACAUGAAUGAAGAAAUCAAACUGACAACCACUACUGAUCAAUUUUUUCAAGACGAAAAGCGAAAUGACCAGUAUUUGGUGCAGUGGCACUAUGCAAGGAUUGCGAGGCGAACAUCGUCCGGGAAGGAUGAUUUGUCAUGUCUGCCUUCCCAAGAAUCAGAAGAACCCCAGGUGCAGCCAAAUCUAUGGUUGAUGGUGAACCCAACCCUGGCUUGUCCUAUUAAGUAUCCGAAAGGAUCACCCACUCUGACAGAAACGUCUACAAUCCCAGAGCAGCAUCCCCCCGUGAUGCCAGUCCCCGCGCCAACACUCGCCCCAGUCCCAAGCGCACACCCUCCAUCGCCCGUAGUGGAGCGCGCUCUUGACGAAUCCAUUCACGAUGCUUCCUCGUCCAGCGAAUAUCUUCUUACAGAUGAGGACGAUGCCUCAUCCGUGGAUGUUCCCAUUUGUCGUAAAGUGAAGAGCGGCGGGCGCAAGGUGAAAUCUCCUAAAGACCGCGUCCGGAAGCUGAAUCUCGCUCAAAACAAGCGGCUGCAGCGGGUACUUCAGGAGAGCAACAACCUUAAGAGCGGGGCGUGGCCUAGACCCCCAGUAAACUACUGUAUUCUCAUCGCCAUGGCGCUGAACAGCAGCCGCACCGGCAGCUUGAACGUGCAGCAGAUUUAUAACUUCACUAGGGAGCACUUUCCAUUCUUCCAGACUGCACCGGAUGGUUGGAAGAACACUAUUCGGCACAACCUGUGUUUCAGCAACAGCUUCCGGAAGACUCCCCAGCAGGUGUCCAGUGAGGGAAAGAGAAAGUCCUGCCUCUGGCACCUUACGGUGGACGGGCGUCGCCGACUACGGAAUGAGAUCCACACACUCACUGGAGAGUCAUUCACAGUGCUCAGGAUGAGCAUGAACAACCCUGAUAUGGUGUGUACUCUAUUUGAGCUGUAAUUCUACUUGUGAGAAGAGGGGUAUGAAGAGGAGACUCGAACCUGCUGCACACCAUGCUCCACCUCAGAAGAUGAUUAAUAUAUUUUUUGGACCUUUUUGUUUUGAAUUUUCUGUAUUGUACAUCGAUAAAUUGAUUUUUCAUGUUUGUUAAAUUUAGUCAGUGGUUUUUACUUUUCAAUGGCAUCUAGAUAAUUAAUGGUUCCAUUCUGACUGUUCACAUGCAAAUUAAAUAAAUGUAUACCCACCGGA